UCUGCACAGGAAGCACAAGCAUCCAGUCUGUACUGAUCAAAAUCUUGAAGUGGAAGCCAUCAAAGCGAUCUCCCUCACUCUCAGCUCAGAGAGACUCAGAGUCUCUCUCUUUGUUUCUCUUUUAGAUUAGGGUUUUUGGCUCCUCCUCGGUUUUCUCUCAUUUCUGCGUUACUUUCCCAGAAAACCAGUUCUCAGUUGAGUUAACAAAAGCUUGUUACCCAAAAUACCACUGCUAUGCACCAGAGGAGUUUUGGAUCUGAUUGUUGAAGUCUGAGGUGAUAUAAUGCCGAGGCAUAAUCUGAGCAUGGAUUUGAUCCCUGGAAAAAUCAGGAAGCGAGGUUGUUCUUCGUCGGCGUCGUCAUCGUCUUCGAUAAUACAAAACUACAGGUUCAAGAGGGCGAUCCUUGUGGGAAAGAGGGGCGGAUCAAGUACGCCAGUUCCCACAUGGAAGCUCAUGAGCGGGAGAUCUCCUGGGUCCGCAUUGCGGAACAUGGAGUCCCCUAAGUACACGCCGUCACUAAACGGAGCCAAGGCAAAGCAUGCUCCGCCUGUUUCGGCUAGAAAACUCGCGGCCACGCUUUGGGAGAUGAACGAGAUACCAUCGCCGAGAGUUAAGGAAGGUUUGGAUGAGAGGAGGCUCAGGAAGGAGCUCAGAGCCAGAGAGAGGAUGGCCAGGUCGGUGCAUUCCGGUUCUCUGCCUCCGCAUCUUUCCGAUCCAUCUCAUAGUCCUGUCUCCGAGAGAAUGGAUCGCUCUGGAACGGGCAGUCGCAUGAGGAGAACACCAUCUGUUUCUCAUAGGCUCAGACUUACAGAACAUCAUGCUGGAGUUCUGGAUUCUCUCAGCAAUGCUAGCUUAAUGGAGGUUGAGACCAGAUCUAGAGCCCAGACACCUACUGCUAUGGUAAUUGAGACCAGGUCUAGAGCCCAGACUCCUACUGCUUCUACUGCUGGAGUCAAGACACGGCUGAAGGAUGUGAGUAAUGCUUUGACCACAUCUAAAGAGUUGCUCAAGAUUAUCAACCGUAUUUGGGGUCAUGAAGAUCGGCCUUCUUCAAGCAUGUCAUUAAUCUCGGCCUUACAUGCUGAGCUGGAGAGGGCGCGAUUGCAGGUCAAUCAACUUAUCCAAGAACAGCGCUCAGAUCAGAGUGAGAUCAACUACCUAAUGAAGUGUUUUGCCGAAGAGAAGGCUGCAUGGAAAAGCAAAGAACAGGAAGUGAUUGAGGCGGCUAUAGAAUCUGUUGCAGGAGAGCUUGAGGUCGAGAGGAAGCUGAGACGAAGGUCUGAAAGCUUAAAUAAGAAGCUUGGGAAAGAACUGGCAGAGACAAAGUCCUCUCUUCUUAAGACAGUAAAAGAACUUGAGAGUGAGAAGAGAGCCAGAGAGGUAUUGGAACAAGUAUGCGAUGAGCUGGCCAGGAAUAUUGACGAGGAAAAAGCUGAAGCUGAGUUACUGAAGAGAGAGUCUGUAAAAGUUUUUGACGAGGUGGAGAAGGAAAGGGAGAUGAUGCAGUUGGCUGAUGUGUUGCAGGAGGAAAGAGUUCACAUGAAACUCUCAGAGGCAAAACAUCAACUUGAGGAGAAGAAUGUGGCUGUUGAUAAAUUGAGGAGCCAACUUGAAGCUUUUUUGGGAACCAAAAAAACUAAAGACAAAGUACGAGUUUCCACCCAUCCAAUUGAUGGAGAUAUUGAUGCAUAUCUGAAUAGAGCUCGUUAUGGUUCCCGUCAGAAUGAGCCAAAAGACGAGGAUGGAGAAGUUGUAGAUGGAGUGGAAUGUGGAGAGGAUUCUGCUGAGAGUGAUCUUCAUUCCAUAGAAUUAAAUAUGGACAACAAUAACAAGAGCUACAACUGGACUCAUGCUUCCGGAGCUCCUCGUGAUUCUAGAAGGGCUGCAUUUGAUCAGGAAGAAAUCAAAGGGAGGAAGUCUACCUCUGGGAAAGCACCAAGGAAAAGCACUUCUCUACAAAGGAGUGUGUCGGAUGGAGUUGAAUGUGGUAUCGAAAGUGAGAAACUCCUAAAUUCAACAGAUGCAUUAGAUUGGGAUAGAUUUUCUGAAUUGGAGAGGCAACUGCAGGGAAAAGGUUAUGGAGACGAAAUGCAUGGGUAUAAAUCAUCAAAAGGUCUUCGGGACCAAAUUCUGUCUGGUGCAAGGCUUGGAUCUGCUAGAGUUUAUGCUAGUCCAACACGACAAUGGGGACAACCAUGGCCUUCCCGAGAUCCUACCAAUACAGUCCAAGAGAGACCCCCCGUGGUGCAGGGAGGUGGUAUGAAAUCAAGGCUAAACGAAGCUAGAGGUGAAAGCCAAACCGUACGAAAAACCAAACGGUGAGAAAAUGCUCCUCUUGGCCAUUGCCUUUGCAACACUUAGAAAGUGUUUGAUUUAUCUUGAAAGGUGGUAAAUACUGUGGAGUUGUUUAGAGGGAGGGCUAAUUAUUUAAGACCAUUUUAACGGUAAGGAGUUUACAGUGAAGUUGCAGCAAUCGCUGCUUAUUUUCUGCUAGACCGCUGGAUUAGACAUGCUUGUUUUGUAGAUUUCUUGUAGAAAGCUGUGCUAAUGUAGCGAGUUUCCCCUGUACAAAAACUUCUAGUAUAAUUGAGUGAAUAUACUAGAAGUCUUAAUAUUUUUCCCGUGUGAUUUUCAUUUUAGUUA